AUGGAGAUUCGUGGUCGCGACGGCUAUGCACACUACAUGGACGGAACGGCUACGUCGUACGGCGGACCCGAGCGUAUCGACAGCUCAACCUUUGAUGCGGACGCUCUGCUUCGCCACCUUACUCCAGCUCAAUUGCGGAAUCUGUCAGCAGACGCGGGCCAGGACCUCAUUUAUCUACUUUUAUUCUCGGGAGCAUCUCGAGGUAAUUUAGGGCCAGGCGGAGCCGGGCAAUACACAUGCGGCAGCGAUCAGUUGGGUAUCCAGUAUGGCUUUCAACCUUGCGCAAACGACAGAAGCCGUGGCUUCAUAUCAGGGCUAUUCAAUGGCCCCCGACAAGCUAAGGUCCGAGCCUUCGUACCGCUGUAUGUCGUUGGGGAAAACAAGGCGAUUAUAAACCAGCUUCGAGUGCGUUGGUCACCAGUCCGGCCCAGGCUCUCAAAUCCCUACCGGGAGGCCCGGGAGAUCGCAGAUGCUCUUUCUGCAAUUAGCUGGAGCCACUACUCCCACGAGCACAACCUUAUGGCUGCCGGUGCAGCUACUGCUACGGCUGCAAAUGUGGAAGCCUUAGGGAGACGCACUCUCCAGACUGGGCCUUUCUCUUGCUCUGUUCGAGCGAGCAUGGACCCCGAUAUCAAUGACUGGUACGAAAUGUCGCUACCAGCAGAAUUAGAGAUUCAGUUAGGGUCUCCUGCGCCGCUUGCACGUCGUGCGCCUCCUACCAAUUCUCCUGAACAGCACGCCUCUGCCCUACACGGCGGAACUCGGGAUGAGACCCUUACACUAAAGCGACGUAGCCAUUAG